UCAGGCGGACAGAACUCGGAUUGAAAAUAUACAUAAUGCAGUACAGGGGACGCAUUGAAACAAGAAGUGUAAAAUAAAUGCACAAUCUCCGUCAGUGAAAAUUAAGCAGAGGAAAUUAUCAACUUAAAUGUUUAAAAAUUCAAAGCUCGAGAUAAUGAAUUGAACCAGGAGAAACAAGUUUAUCGUGUAAUCCAAAUAAUCUGUGGAAAAUUAAACUAUUUAUUAUGGAUAAACUACUCCUGGUAGUCGUGGCUAUGCUCCCUCUGGGAUAUAGCCAAAACAGCAGCCUAAAGAUCAACACACAUCUGAAGGACAUCGCGGAUGGACCUGUGGCCCUGGCCUCGAUCCAGGGUCCCGGCAACAUCUGCAUCCGCGAGGAGCCGUACGUGGAGCUCAUCCAGGUGCCGGAGAUGCAACCCGUGCGCGUGCGCACCUCCAGCUGGUGCAUGGAGAUCCCGCCGAGGUGCGCCACCUACAAGACGGAAAUGCGCGAGGUGAUGAGGGUCCAGAAACUAAACAAGACACGAACAGUUCGCUUUUGCUGCCAAGGAUAUGAGGGAAACCUUUCCGAUAGCCAGGCUACCUGCAAACCCAUUUGCCGUGGUGGCUGUGGGCGUGGCAGUUGCGUAAUGCCGGACAUUUGCAGCUGCGAGGAGGGUUACAUCGGAAAGCACUGCACACAACGCUGCGAUCAUGAUCGCUGGGGUCUCGACUGCAAAAAUUUCUGCGAGUGCCAAAAUGGAGCUGCCUGCGACAACAAAUCCGGGAUAUGUCACUGCUUGGCCGGCUGGACAGGUCAAUUCUGUGAAAAGCCCUGCCCUCAAGGAACUCAUGGAAUCAUGUGCCGCAAAGUUUGUGACUGCGACGAAAAGCCUUGCCACCCUCAGACAGGUGCUUGCAUCCAGCAGGAUCAUCCGCUGGAGGUGAAUGUGAGCCAUGUCAUCGUGGAAACGGUCAAUUCAACGCUGGAAAAGAUGGGCAUUAUUCCACGUACAGUUCCGUCCAGUCCCCUGCCGGAGGUUAUAGUGAUCAAGCAGCCUGCAGGAAAGGAAAGUGGCCAGCACACGCCCAAGAUCAUUGUGCAUCAGUCGGGCAGCGAACUCCUCGAGAAUCUGCACUCCGCCGCAGCUGCGGGGAUUCCAGCUCCCGAGGUCAUCCACGUUAUUACCAAUGGGAUCACCUCGCCGCAGGAACACCUGGCCGGGUUCGUCGGCGGGGAUACCAACACGAGUCAGGCGCCUGCGGAUCAUCAGUCGGGCCUGGUGACCAUGCUGGUCAUCAUCAUGCUGCUCCUGAUGAUAUCCAUAGGAGGAUCCCUUUACGUAUACCGCCGGCAUCACCUCAAGGAGGCGAGCGUCUAUAAUGCCAACGGCUCGGUGACCAAUCUGCCCACCAAUAAUCCCGAGGUGGUGCUCACUGGGGCCGCGGCCCUGGGCAAGAACUUCCACGAGCCGCUGCCUGAGCCGCCGGUCGUCUUCACGGUGACGCCCCACUCGAACGAGGCGCCCACAGAAUUGUAUGACACGCCCAGCAACAACUCGUCGAUCAAAACACCGCCCUACGCCUACGCUAGGAAGGAGUCCCUCUACUCAGUGGUCUCUCCCAAGUCACGAAAGGGUAGCCUGGACUCGCAUCUCUAUGACGAGAUCCGCUACCACCAGCAGCACCACAAUUCCCACUCCCACAGUCAGAGUCACCAUCACCAGCCUCGAAGCCACCAGAACGUUCAGCAUUCCACAACGGCCUCGGCAUUCCUGCCGGCCAGGCCGCCAUCGAUGCCCCGGAGCGACCAAUUCAUCCACGGCGGCCAUCAGCCCCAUCAGCGACCCCAUCACGUGACCCACUUGAUAAUUCCACCGCAGAAUUCCAACUUCUUACAGGUGCCAGCCCAAAUAACAGCCAAGAGAAUAGCUCAUAUCUGAGGGUAACCCAAACCGUAAA